CCAAAACGCACAAGUAUAUUUCAAUCCAUAAUCAAAUGCAGCCAAGAAAACAACAACAACAACAACAUAAUAAUAAUAAUAAACUCAUAAAUCCAAUUUGUGAACAGAAUUCGAGAAAGAGAAAAGACGAUGAACAGAUUGAUACCUAAGAAGCAAACCAAUGCCAAAAACAGAUCUGCAGUUUAUCGGUACAGAUGUCGACCUCCUCCCUUUACUCUUCUACCUUCCCACAGCAAAAUAACAAAGCCCUCCCUCUUGGUCGCCAAAAUCUCACCGAAAGCAUGCUGGAAAUCACCCCUUUUCUCUCCCUCUGUCUACCGUUGCUAUUUCUGCAGAAAUCACCGAAAGCACAAGCUGGAAAUUUCUGAGAUUUUUCUCCCUUUUGUCGGCUGUUACAGAGAAGAAAUACAAGAGGUUUUCUGUGGUUUUGAGUAGAGGGAGUGGCUGAUUAGUGGUGAACAGAAAGAUGAUCGGCGAAGAUGAUGACCAAAUGAGAUGAAACUUGGAGAAAAGAAAAAUUUUUCUGUGUGUGGCGGCCUCCUCAUUUUUUUUCGAAAUCUCCCUGAUGCUUGUCUGCGGCUGCCGUUCUCCUUCAAAAUGCUCCCCCCUUUUCAGCAUAAAAGAUGAUUUAUAUA